CAUGCCAGAAACCCCCAUUCUCCUUUUCAAAGACAACAUAUGAUGGAUUGCGGUCUCUCAGCCCAGCAGGACACGGGGACCAUGCAAGCUGUAAUUGGUCAGGAUCCAAUGAUAGCUGGACAAGUCAGUAAGCCCUUGCUGUCAGUGCGGAGUGAAAUGAAUGCGGAGUUGAGAGGUGAGGACCAGGCUGCUACUUCAGACAGCGAGCUGAAUGAGCCCCUGCUUGUGCCUGUGGAAUCAAAUGACAGCGAGGACACUCCCAGCAAGCUCUUCGGGGCCAGAGGAAACCCGGCACUCUCAGAUCCUGGCACUCCUGACCAACACCAGGGCAGUCAGACCCACCCCCCAUUCCCGGUUGGGCCACAGCCUCUUCUGACGGCACAGCAGUUAGCCUCCGCUGUGGCUGGCGUGAUGCCGGGAGGCACACCAGCCCUCAACCAGCCUAUCCUCAUCCCCUUCAACAUGGCCGGCCAGCUAGGAGGGCAACAAGGUCUGCUCCUCACACUGCCUACUGCGAAUCUCACCAACAUCCAAGGGCUUGUAGCCGCAGCUGCAGCUGGAGGCAUUAUGACUCUGCCAUUGCAAAAUCUACAAGCUACCUCAUCCCUGAACUCCCAGCUCCAGCAGCUCCAGCAGCUCCAGCAACUCCAGCAGCAGCAGCCGCCGCCACCACCUCCACCGCCAACCGGCCAGCACCCGCAGCCAGCCCCGCAGGCACCCCCACAGUCCCAGCCGCCACCACAGCCCCAGACCACCCUGCCCCAGCAGCCGCCAGCCACCUCCCAACAGCUGCCAGCUCCUCCAUCGCAGCCCCCGCAGCCUCAAGCCCACCCCCAUGCCCAGAACCAGAACCAACCGUCUCCAACUCAGCACAGUGCAAGUCCCCCUCAGAAACCCAGUCAGUCUCCAGGACAUGGCCUUCCGUCACCGCUGACGCCACCCAAUCCUCUGCAGCUGGUUAAUAAUCCACUAGCAAGUCAGGCUGCAGCGGCUGCAGCAGCAGCAGCCAUGGGCUCCAUAGCAAGCUCACAGGCCUUUGGCAAUGCCCUCUCCAGUCUUCAGGGGGUCACGGGUCAACUAGUUACUAAUGCACAAGGACAGAUUAUUGGGACCAUUCCACUGAUGCCGAAUCCGGGGCCAUCGAGUCAAGCAGCGAGCGGCACUCAGGGCCUUCAAGUGCAGCCGAUCACCCCCCAGCUCCUGACAAACGCCCAGGGCCAGAUCAUUGCCACAGUCAUCGGGAACCAGAUCUUGCCGGUGAUCAACACCCAGGGCAUCACGCUCUCACCCAUCAAGCCUGGCCAGCAGCUCCACCAACCCUCCCAGACGUCAGUGGGUCAAGCAACCUCCCAAAGCAGCCUCCUGCACCUGGCUCACAGCCAAGCAUCCAUGUCUCAAAGUCCCGUCCGCCAGGCUUCCUCUUCUUCCUCCUCAUCCUCCUCUUCUUCAGCUUUGAGCGUGGGCCAGUUAGUCAGCAAUCCUCAAACGGCAGCGGGUGAGGUGGAUGGGGUUAAUCUGGAGGAGAUCCGAGAAUUUGCCAAAGCUUUUAAAAUCCGGCGCCUGUCCCUUGGCCUGACACAGACUCAGGUGGGACAGGCUCUCAGUGCUACAGAGGGCCCCGCGUACAGCCAGUCAGCCAUCUGCAGGUUUGAAAAGCUGGACAUCACCCCUAAAAGUGCCCAGAAGAUCAAGCCGGUGCUUGAGCGGUGGAUGGCUGAGGCUGAGGCCCGCCAUCGAGCAGGCAUGCAGAACCUGACCGAGUUUAUCGGGAGCGAACCGUCCAAAAAGCGCAAACGGCGCACGUCUUUCACCCCCCAGGCCCUUGAGAUCCUCAAUGCCCACUUUGAGAAGAACACACACCCCUCUGGGCAGGAAAUGACCGAAAUUGCCGAGAAGCUGAACUAUGACCGGGAGGUAGUUAGAGUUUGGUUCUGCAAUAAGAGGCAAGCCCUGAAGAACACAAUUAAACGCUUAAAACAGCACGAGCCAGCCACAGCGGUCCCUCUGGAGCCCUUAACAGACUCUCUGGAAGAAAACUCCUAA